CGCAGUUCUAGAACUAUGACGUAAAGAUCACAAUCUCGCCACUAUAAAUACUGACCGCGACCAACCUCUGUCAUUUACGACCAACUUCGAGAUGGCAGAGAAACGGCAAGAGCGUCCUGAGAGCGAGACACCAAACGGGCGAGGGAAGCAGUAUGUCUGCGGCGGCUGUGCUGGGAUGGUGAACAUCAUGGUCACCUUCCCAGUACAAAAGGUCCUCUUCCGCCAGCAGCUCUAUGGUUUAAACACGACUGAGGCCAUCCGACAGCUGCAGAGGGAUGGUUUGCGGACUCUGUACCGUGGCCUGCUGCCUCCACUUCUGCAGAAGAUGACUUCGAUGGCCAUAAUGUUUGGAUUUUCCAACGACAUGUCUCGGCUGCUGUCGCGACCCGGCAGCAGCCCGGGGCUAUUGACCAACAGCAUGGCGGCCGUGUUGGCAGGCACAAUGGAAGCCAGUCUGACCCCCUUUGAGCGAGUACAAACGCUGCUCCAAGACCAGCGGCACCACGUGCGGUUUAACAAUACCUUCCAUACAUUCCGGACCCUGGUGCGGGAAAAUGGUGUUCCUGAGCUGUACCGCGGCCUAGUGCCCAUCCUGCUGCGCAAUGGCCCCAGCAGUGCGCUUUUCCUAGGCCUCCGCGGACCGAUCAGGAACAGCCUGCCUCAGGCCGAGACCUACGCUGGCCAGUUGGCCAGUGAUUUUGUAUCUGGUGGCCUUCUGGGAGCAACACUGGGGUUUUUCUAUUACCCCCUAAACAUACUGAAAGCUCAUAAGCAGUCAAAGGUGGGUGGAGACUUUGAGUCUUCCUGGAAAGUGAUGCGUACCAUCUGGACCGAGCGGGGAGGAAAACUCAGCCAUCUAUACAAAGGGGCACAUCUUAAUUAUCACCGCUCCAUGCUGUCUUGGGGGAUUACAAACGCGGCGUACGAGAUUUUAAUGAAGGUCGUGUGAGCUGCUGGAAAGCCAGGGGAGCCUCUAAUGCCCCCAUCUCAGAAUUCAGGAUUGCUGCUCCACGCAUGAAUAAUGAUGGGUGCAGCACACGUGCUGUACAACAGGAAGUGCAGGGGCAGCAGUAACCAGAAGCCGGGAAAGGCGGCUCAUGACAGUGUGCGCUGACAUGAAAUAACACUGUGCUGUCAAUAAAUUACAGAUGUACUUAUCCA